UGGUCGCGGCGGGCGCUCGUUUCUCUGCUCGGCUGACACUCGCGAGUCCAUAUUUCGUCUGCCAUCACAGCCGACAGCGCGCGAAGUGUUGUCCCAGCCCUUGCAAGUGGUAGUCGUUGAACCCGGCGCCCUGUGUCGUUUCUGCUCGUAGCUGUAGAAUGUGAGGUGGUCUGAACGGCCAGGGACCAUGCAGGCCAUGAGCGCCAACCCCGGUGCGCCGCGGGCCCCGCAACGCUCUCCAUUCGCCAUCCAGGAGCUGCUGGGGCUAUCGGAUCGAGACGGACGGGACGCUCGCGAGCGCUACUUCGAGAGCCGAGAUGCGGAGCGCGUGCUCAACCUGUCCGAAGGUCGUGACCGCGGCUUCGGGCCUCAGUUCCCCCUGCCAGUGUCGGUGGCCUCCCGGGUGGCCUACGCGGCUGCCUUCAACGCGCAGGCUGCUGUCGCCGCAGCCUUCCUCCCCGGGCCGCCGCUGUUACACCCACCGCACGGCUUCCCGCAAAUCAAGUCGCCCUACAGCCCGACAGCGCAGAAUCAUCUCUCCGCGGUCCGACAACUGUACUCAGGUGUAUCAUCUCUGGAGGCCGCGAAAGACUUCACCGUCGACGGACUCACAGGAUUCAAUGGGAAGAAGAAGAAGAAAAAAAGGAGACACAGCCGGACGAUCUUCACGUCCUACCAGCUGGAUGAACUGGAGAAGGCUUUCAAGGACGCGCACUAUCCGGACGUGUACGCCCGAGAGAUGCUGUCCCUCAAAACAGACCUCCCGGAAGACAGGAUACAGGUGUGGUUCCAGAACCGGCGCGCUAAGUGGCGCAAGACGGAGAAGUGCUGGGGCCGCUCCACCAUCAUGGCGGAGUACGGCCUGUACGGCGCCAUGGUGCGACACUCCCUGCCGCUGCCGGAGACCAUCCUCAAGAGCGCCAAAGACAACGACAAUGUCGCCCCCUGGCUACUCGGCAUGCACCGCAAGUCUCUGGAAGCCGCCCAGCACCUAAAGGAGUCAGGGUCUGAGCGCGAGGGCUCGGAGGCCGAGCAGGACAGAGCCACAUCGGCGUCACCGCACCGGCUCGAGGUGCAUGAGACCCAGGCACAGAGCUCCCCUGGGAGCAGCACGACGGCGUCUUCAUCAGCGAAGGGGCGUGCGUCGCCUGAAGGGAGGGAGAUGUACGAGGAUCCCGAGGCGUUCCGCAACAACAGCAUCGCGUGCCUGCGAGCCAAGGCUCAGGAGCACCAGGCACGGCUGCUCUCAAACAACCUACUGCUGCAGGUCCGCGGCCUCCAGCGAUCGAGCGGCGCCAGCAUCGACGAGGACGGGCCCACUGACAUCGACGUGGGCACUGAGCAGCCUCCUCUCUACUGACCCCCUACCUAUCUCGCCCCCCCACACCCCCACUACAGCGCACAGAAUGCGCAGCCGAAUGUCACGCUGACGUAAUCAGUGGUGCACACGUGACACGACUGACAGUGACGACCAGGGGCGAAGUACCUAAAGUGAUCAGACUUAAAAGUGUAAUUAUGUACAUUGUAGAUUUAAUCGUAUUUAAAUUUUUUCCAGUUUUACGUGCAAUACAUUUAGUUAAGUAUUUAUAUGUUAGCAUCGUGUUAGCUUUGUAUAAAGUUGAGGCACUGGGGCGUUCUUGGCAAAUAAAUCUGUAACUAACCUAAUUUACUUGCCAAGUACUUCUCUAUGAGCCAAAUAGAUGUAAUUGUACUUAAUAUGUUUAAGACGAGAAGACUAUGAGUUAGAAUAAUGAGAUUGGCACUAAAUAUUUUUAUUGUAAAUGUUAAAAGCUAAUUGAAAAUUUAAAAUUGUAACAAUUGUUUGUUUGUAAGGCUUAGCGUUAUGAGGGUCGAGUACCAAAUGAUCAGAAUGAUAUACUUAAUAUAAAGUAGGUUCUUAUGUAGCACAAAGUUAAUUAAUUAUUGAUAAUUAAUUAAAAAAUAUAUAGUAUACUUAACAACAACAAUCGAAGAACCAACGAAUUAUAUUUUGUUCUUUAGUAUGUACUUAAUAUGUAUAAAAUUUUCUAGACUUGUGAAAUCUAGUUUUGGUUUAUAACGAGAUGUUGGCUUACAAGUAAGAAGAAUCACGGCCUAAAUGUACUGUCGUGUUCCCGAUCAAUUUAGUUUUAUGAGAGAACUUUUCCAUUGAAACUUAGUAGCAGGUUCGUAUCUAUAAUUAAGUAGGUAGGUACCCACAAAUAAUCAUUGAGUUACGACGGGUUGUCUUAACCAUAUUGGGCACCGGGGUGCCAAAAUCAGACGGUGCGGCGCCUAUUUUACCAACAAAAAGAGUAAACUUUGUUCCUAAGUCAAAUUUAAAUAAACUUUAUUCAAUUAGGCUUAAGUUAAGCGCUUUUGUGUCGUCACUAUACAUUUUUCUUUUUAAUUACUGAAUUUACCAUAUGUUCGGAAAAAGUAGAGCUCGUGAGAAGAACAUACAAGAAACUCAGCGGCCACUAUUUUCAAUCAAUCGAGUAUUAAUUAUUAGUAAUAUACAAAUUACUUUUAUUUGUUUCCAUUUGUUUAUUUAGUAGAUAUCUACUUACAGCUUUUCAAGGCCACAGUCUAGGCACAUUUUGAUACAUCAAAUUUUAUAGCUUAUAAGUGAGCAAACUUUUAGCUAAUAAUAAUAUAUAUAAUAAUAAAGUGUUAAAUAUACCUACAUAAUAAACAGACAUGAUAAAAAUGGAGUGGCCAGGCAUCAUAAAUCGUAAACCUUAUUCAUGUAAGUCUUAAUCUUAUUAUCCCGAAAAAGUAGGUAUAUCUAUAUAUAAUAGGUACCUACCUAAGUAUUAUUUUGCAAGCUUGGCGCAUUUUCUGUAAAGAAUUUAUUUGCAUAUAUAUCUUUAAUAUAAUAAUAAUAUUGACACACUUUUUACACAAAUUAUCUGGCCCAAAAUUAGGCAUAUACACAGCUGUGUUAUGGGUUGCAAGACAACGAUAUAUUUAACACAAUAUACUUACUUAAACAUACAUAAAUACAUAUAAACAUCCAUGACUCGCAAACAAACAUCCAUAUUCAUCAUAUAAAUGCUUGCACCUACCGGGAUUCGAACCCGGGACUAGCUUAGUAGAUAGGAUCGCUAACCACUCGGCUAUAAAGGUCGUCAAUGGAUGUUUAUUAUGUAGGCACUUUUUAAAAAUGAUUUAUGACCCUUAUCGGCCCGGCAUCCCUUGCACCCCCAGGUUAAGGCCGCCCAGUGUUACGAGAUCCUGUAAAGUAAACAUACAUACUUACAUUAGAUAAAGAGUAUCGAUAAAAGACCUCCAAGAAUUUAUAUUUCAAAUUGAUGAUUAAAUUACAUCAUAGUUCGGUACUUAAUAUAUUCUGUCACAGUCCCGAAUAUAUUUGAAACCGAUUGUAUGUUUCGUAAUAAUUGUUUUCGCCAUUUAUGUCGCAGAUAUGAUAACUAACAGUUGAUAGAUUAAAAUUUCUGUCGUUUUUGGCGUUGUGAUAAUUUGUUAAGUCUCAUCAUUGUACUUCAUAUUUCUAUAGAAUGUAAUUAUUGUAAUUCUACCGACGACGCCACCGUGCAUUAGCAUCGCAAUAUAAACACAAUUUCGAUGAAUAAAUAAUGUGUAAACCUUA